AUGGCGGCUGGGGGCAACGUUAAAGCGCAGGCGAAAUCUUGCCAGUUCUUCUCCGUGUUGUCGGCCGCCGUCUGCGAGUGGUACCUGAUCAUCUUCUUGCUGAUAAACGCGGUGUUGGCGUACGUUGCUACCAGAUUCGCCCGACUCUGCAACUUGCCAACCCCAUGCCUGUUAUGCUCGAGACUGGAUCACAUUCUCGGGAGCGAGAGACGAGGUUUCUAUAGGAACUUAUUCUGCCAUGCGCACAAGGUGGAGAUAUCCUCGCUGGUCUACUGCCAUGGCCACGGAAAGCUUGCUGAUUUCCGGGACAUGUGCAAGGCCUGCCUCCUGUCGUCCGUCGCAACUAAGAAGGCCAAUUCCGAGGCAUGCAGGAUGCUGGGGAGGAAUGGAGAGGAUCCGGAUAAUGUGGCUUUGCCGAACGAGGAUCUCGAACCAGCUUCUUCAGGCACAGGACUGUGUUCAUGUUGCUCCGACUCCUUUAAUCUUCAUAGGCUGCUGCAAGCGAAGAAGAAGAAGAAGAAGAAGCUCGAAGCUGGCGUUCCAAAUCGUCGAGCGCAGUUGAGAAAGAGAAGAGUUGGCUACAAUGGGCUAGUGAUUACCUCCGAUUCCGAGUCAGAAAUGCCAGUGUCUGAUGAUGACGACGACGACGGUGACGAUGGCCAUGUAACGAAGGACAUCAAGGAGGGACGCGUGAUGCGACGCAGACUACCACAAGGCACGGCAACGAUCGUCUUGGAGGACACUGUUCCGGAGAAGCUGAUCCAUCCCAACCCUGUUGCAUCUCCGCAUCCCAUUUUAGAUCCCGACAGAAGGUCCGAUGAAGGUGAUUCGUGUGACAAACCAUUCUUGAAGUCCACAGUUGCAAUCGGGCAUGGGUUGGAUGAUCUCAGUCGCUGCCACGUUGUGGAGGCCGGCCUCGUCGAUUUAUCUGAAAGCACACCCGAACAAGCUCCUCGAGAAGUCACAGACCGACCAUCAGCAACAUAUCCAGGAGUUCGAAAGGUGUCUUCCACGAACAGUCUCACCAGCCAAAUCAUGAACGACUCCAUUGCAGUUACACGCAGCGUCCUUGAUCACACCGAUAGCUUCAAGCACGCAAUAAAUAACAAGGGAAUCAUGCUAUCUCCCAAGUUCUCUGAGAUAAUUGCAGGCAAGGAAUCGUCACGAGGGCAAGAAGACCUGAAACUGCGGCUGUCGCGAGCGUUUGAUUUGCCAUGGAGUGACAUAAUUGCUAGUCCCAGAGCGGAAGACCUCAAGUCAUCAGAUGCUUCAAGCUCAAUCGGGCUGCAGAACAUAGCCAAGAGACUGUCCGUGGAGCGAACCAAUUCGAGCUUGGAGACCUUUGAUGCAAGCAUUGUUGUGAGCGACAUCGAAGGAGAGACGUCGGUGGAUCGGCUGAAGCGGCAGAUAGAGCUGGACAGGAAAUGCAUGAGUGCUCUGUACAAAGAACUGGAGGAAGAGAGAAGCGCUUCGACGAUCGCAGCAAACGAAGCGAUGGCCAUGAUCAACAGGCUGCAGGAGGAGAAGGCAGCGAUGCAGAUGGAGGCGUUUCAGUACUUGCGCAUGAUGGAAGAGCAAGCUGAGUACGACCAAGAAGCGAUUCACAAACUCAAUGACGUGAUCAACGAGCGAGAUAAGGAAUUGCUGGACUUGGAAACGGAGUUCGAGAGAUACAGAAGGCGGCACAGAGGAGCAGAACCGGAAGAGAAGAGAACGGUGUCAGUAGGUGAUUUAGAGUCAACAGAGCUCAGUCCUGCCACCACCCCUCGUUUCAUGGAGUCAAGAGAGCUUCUUAGUCCUGCAAGCACCCGUCGCCGUACGAGAUCACUAUACCGCAGUAUGUCCGAGAAGAUCGACAUGAUUCCCCAGGAAGGUGAUGGCCAUGGAGCGAAAGCUCUGGAGUUGGGUUUCGAAGAGGAGAAGGUUCAUAUUUUAGCAUGCUUGAGAAGGUUACAGAACAAGUUUUCUUCUAUGUUACCUACUGAUAAAGUUAGAGCAGAUGAUACCAUAGUUGAUGUGAAUCUAGAAAAUAGCCACAAUGGAGUUGAGGUUUUACCUGAGAAUGGCUCGUCUCCAUCUAGAACACACUCCAAUGUCGAAGCGACUACCACCAUGGACAAUCAAUUCUCAGCUGACCAACAUAAUACUUCUGAUGCUUGCAGAGACAUGAACUCUGUACAAGAUGAAGUUGCAAAGUUGAUCAAAAGAGUGGUGGAACUGGAUGCAGAUAGAGAGUUCAUUGGGCACACUAUGAAUGCAUUGAACUAUGGAAAUGAUGGAGUUCUGCUGGUUCAGGAAAUAGCAUGCCAGCUUAAGGAAUUAAGAAGAAUUCCCCUGGCAUCUAAAGAACAUAAUGUUGCUUGA